CUUACUGAUUGAAUAAACACACAGGGGUAUGAUUCUGUCAACAGUGAUCUAGAGCAGAGUUCACAAGAAACUUAGCAAUAACCUAGAUUACCGACAACAUGCUGGGGGACGGGGUUAUGCCGAGUGGCAAUCAUCACGAAAGGCGGCAGAGCGGUGCGGCAACUCGACAUAAGCAUCUCGAUAAGAAUCCGACUUCUCCAAUUUCAUCCCGGCACUAGAGCCCGCUCAAAUGCUGGAUCGUCUUUAUAAAGCGCACUGUCCCGGCGCCCAAAUGACACACGAUCCUGCUCACAGCUUGCGCAAUGCAUCCCCAGAUUUCCUCCCCGAGUGAGUCGGGCUCCGCCGACACCGUCUACCUCCCCGAGUCCGAUCGUCUCGACCCUGUCUUCAGUCAAGAGAAGGAUGCCGCCGCCCAGGAAAUCGAAUACCUCUAUCUCGAGCUGGAAACGCCUCUCCCGACGCCGCUCAUCACAUCACCCCCCGGCCCCGGCCAGUCGCCUCCUCCCGAUCCUCCGAGUCUCGAACAAUAUACCUCCCCGUUUCUGUGGCCUAAAUGGCGCAAGUGGAUGAUGACCUGGAUCGCAUGCGGAGUGACAGCGUUGGCGGGAUACUCGGCCGGCGAAGUCAACCCCGCUGCAACUGAGCUGACGGCCGAGUGGGGGAUCAGUUCGGUGGUUUACAAUCUGAGCAUUACGAUUUUCUGUGUCGGGUUUGCCUUGGCUCCUAUGGUUCUGGCGCCUUUUUCGGAAAUCAAUGGACGGCGGCCGAUUUUCGUUGCCAGUGGUUUCGUCUUCACUGGGUGUAUCAUUGCUUGUGGAGGCACGCAUGUUUUUGCAGGACUUUUGAUCGCACGGUUGUUUCAAGGCGUGGGCGCAUCAACCUUUUCGACCAUGGUGGGCGGUGUCAUCAGUGACAUCUUCCACGCAGAGGAUCGCAAUACCCCCAUGGCCUUGUUCUCCGGCGCAGCGCUUUUUGGCACUGGGUUGGCCCCAAUGAUCUCCAGUGUCAUCGUGGCUCAUACCUCCUGGCGCUGGGUGUACUACUCGCAUGCCAUCGUGUCGGCUGUAUUCGUGGCAAUCAUCUAUUUCUUCUUCAAAGAGACGCGAGGCAGUGUACUACUCAGCCGCAAAGCCCUCGCCGUGAACAAGUAUUACGAGCAGCUCGAGGCCGCAGGCCACUAUGGUGUCAUCAUGGGCGAGAAGAACGAGGCCCGACGGAUCCGAUGGAAAGUGAAGAGUGACGAACAGCGCGAGUCUCUGGUGCAGAUGAUCAGCAUUUCAUGCUACCGACCAUUCCACAUGCUCGUCACCGAACCCGUGGUGUUCUUCUUCUCCCUCUGGGUUUCUUUCAGCUGGGCCGUUUUAUACCUCCAAUUCGGGUCCAUUCCUCUCGUCUUCCGAACCAACCACCAUUUUACCACCGAACAAACCGGCGCCGUCUUCACAUCAAUGUGCGUCGGCUCCAUCAUCAUCACCCUGGUGAGCAUCUACCAAGACAAACUGGCCAACCGGUACGGCCUGCUGCCCAAGAGACCGGAAGCCCGGUUGUACUUUGUCUGCAUCGAAGCCAUUCUCAUGCCGAUUGGGUUGUUCUGGUUCGGAUGGACCUCGUACUCCUCGGUCCCGUGGAUCGUCCCAACAAUGGCAAUUGCCUGUGCCACUAUGGGUAUUUUCGCGGUGUAUCUGGCUGUGUUUAAUUAUCUGGCCGAUACGUAUCAUCGAUAUGCAAGUUCGGCGAUUGCAGCGCAGUCGUGCUGUCGGAAUCUGCUCGGAGGAGUCUUUCCUCUUGUCACAAACGCCAUGUUCACCAAUCUCGGGUAUCCAGGGGCGUCAAGUCUGCUGGGUGGAAUUGGCCUCCUUCUGACUCUGGUCCCAUGGAUUCUAGUCUUUUAUGGGAGUCAGAUCCGUGCAAAGAGCAAGCUUGCUAGUGUAGGUUCACAUCCUUAUGUUACUAGUACCAUGCUAACGAAACAGGAACUCGCUCAUUAAAAACAUGAUAGAUGAUAGACGAUAGACGAUGCAUGACAAAAGUUAGAACAUAGAUCAUAUUAAUUAGACGGCGAGUUC